AUGAGCCAUGCUUCAACUUGGGCAACAAGGGCCUUUGAGCUGCUUCGCGUUGGCAUCGCGACCCUCAGGUUGCCGUGCACCUUGGAGUGUUUUCACCUUCAAGGUCGAAGUAUGAUGCCGACGCUAAGAGGAGGUCCAGGACUCUGUGAUAGCGAUCUGGUGGUUGGUCUGCGGCCAGGCUCUUCGGUUCGAAUGGUGCCCAAAGCUGGAGACGUUGUGCUUUUGGUGGAUGAGAAUGGGCGCAUGGAGCCCAAGAAGGUGGCAGGUGGCGCUUACGGUCAGUUCUUAGCUGAGAAGCGCCCGGAGCUACAGGCCGAGUGCAAGGGUCAGCCCAUCACAGCCGUCACCAAGUUGGCUUCUAAGAAGUUCAAGGCUCUCAGUGAGAAGGAGAGAGCCGUCUACCAGGAGAAGUACCUGGCGGCCAAGGCCAAGUACGACGAAGACAUGAAGACCUUCCUGGCGAACGGUGGCGAGAAGAAAGCCAGAAAGAGCCGCGAGGACAAGGCAGACAAGAAGAAGAAGAAGGAUCCCGACGCUCCCAAGAAGCCAGCCGGAGGCGCUUAUGGCUGUUGGUUGGCCAAGAAUCGCCCAAGCUUCCAAGCGCAGUGCAAGGGUCAGCCGGUGACGGCGAUUACGAAGCUGGCCUCGGCCAAAUGGAAGGAAUUGAGUGCGAAAGAGAAGGCAGUCUUUGAAGAUGAGUACAAGAAGAAGUUGGAAGAAUACCAGGAGGCAAAGAAGUCCUAUGUGCCGCCGGCCGCCGAUGACGACGCGGAGGAACCCUCGCCCAAGCGACGUAAGGCGGCUAAGGAGGAUGAGGCGAAGGCAGAGCCCAAGGCCAAGGCCAAGGCUGCGCCGAAGGCAGCCAGUCCCAAGGGCAAGGAGAAGGCGAAGGCCAAGAGAGCCAUCUCGGGUAAUCAUCAAAACGUGAAGCGCUUGAAGGACAUCGUCUUCGAGACCACGGAACUCACGGACCUGCGCAGCGAGGAUGGAACUUGGCAUCGGAGCAGCAGGUCACAUCUUCGUGGAUGGUGCUGGGUGGAAGGAGACAACGCCUUGCUCUCUGAGGACUCACGGAUGUUUGGAUGGUUGCCCUCUCACAGACUAGAGGCCGUGGCUGUGGCCGUGGUGUGGCCUCUAUGGCGGAGCAGCUGGUUGUCUGCCCGAUCUCCCACGAAUGCCAUGGUUGGGACCCAAUCUGUGGCGCCACUGCAAGAGCAUUUCGAAUGGUGGGCCAGUGGGCCUGCAUAA